AUGGAGGGACUGAACGGCAAACACGGCGACGAGAACGGCGGGACGUUGAGUCGCCGAGAUACGCAAGGGAACGACUCGGAAGUGGCGAAUCUCACGAGUCGGAAAAGGGUGUCGGCGGCGGUUGGGGUGGAAGCGGCGAGAGGAUACCGCGGCCCGCCACAGCUGCUGCUUUCCCCUCAUGCGCCCUUUCCGCUUCCCCUUCCCCUUCCGCCCGGAUCCAAUCGCGACGCCGUCGAGCGAUGGCUUCGCGGCGCCGUGGCGUCGUGCUUACGUCAGCUGUGCCGGAUGACGCCCGACGCGCUCGUCCCUGCGGUGCCGUUUCUCGAGGCGCUCUGCGUGCGAUGGUUGCUGCACGACGCGUGGCAGCUCGCCAUUGGACAGCAGCGGCUCCAGUUCGGCGGAUGCGUUGAAGCGGCGGAGAAUGCGAGCAGCACGCACGCGGGCAGCUAUUUAUGCGAGGCGGAGCCCGUCCGCGCAGUCAUUGCGCGCAUCAAGGAGCACACCGCAGCAGCCCAGCGCCAACAGCAGCAGCAGCAGCAGCGGCAGCAGGAGGUGGAGGAUGGUUACUGGGGCGAGGGUAAACAAGAGGAGCGCGAAGAGCAGACUAGUCUGUCAGACGCGCGUUUCUUCCUCGUGGGUGCGGGUGGCGAGGCCGAGAGCGGCGAGUGGCAGCGGGUGGUGGCAGCAGCAGUGGCUGGUGAGGUGGGCGCUGCUGUGAUAGAGGUGGACGGCCCCUUGCUCUACUCGCUCUCCCAUCUGCUGCUCCACGCACCAACAGACGCCGCAACCACCAGCAUGCUGCGAGCCAUGGACCGAGCCAGGGCGGGCAGGAACCUGCUGCUCGCACGCAUGCUGCUCGCCAUGUGUCGCCAGCUGGCGGAGCAGCGUCCGGUGAUACUCUUCCUGCCCCACGCGCACCUGCUCUCAGAAUCCCACUCCGAUUUCCUCCUCGCGCUCUCCAUCGCCACCAAAGAGCUAACCAGCAGCUCGGGCUCUUCAAGUCAAGCACCGCACUCCUCCCCAUGGCCCGUCAUCCUCCUCGCCACUGCACCCAUGCCACUGCCUGGUCCUGCCGCUUCACUCCCCCACAACCACCACAAUCACCACAACCAACAGUACCACCACCACCAUAACCAGCAGCAGCAACACCACCACCACAACCACCAGUUGCAGCAGCAGCAGCGUGGGUCAGAGGGCAGGCAGGUGUCUCUCUGGGCCUCCUUGGCAUCUCUUCUGCCCCAUGUGCCUCUGCUGGCACACCACGCCCUCAAGGGAGCAUCGCCAAGCCAGUCUGCUCAUGGGCCAGGUGUCCUCACGCCCUCCCUCACGCACCUGCUCGCCUCCCUCCUACGAGUAUGCAUCCGCCUCUUCUUCCUCCCCCUCAUCGCUCUCAUUCGCCUUGCUAAGUCCGCCAAGCUCCUCCCGGCGGCCCCUCCUAAGCCAGCCAACGUGCUGCCUGUGCAGGUGCCUCUACUGUUCGACCCGUUGGGCCAGGAAGGGGCGCAGUUAGCAGAGAGGGAGGAGGACGAGGAGGGAGGGGAAGUGGAAGGGAAGAAGGGAAGGGAAGCCGCUCAGAACCUAGUGAGGGUGGAGAAAGUGGAGAGAAACAAAGAAAAUCAGAGAAGGGUAGUGAAGAAUGCGAGGGAGGAAUGUGUGGAUGCAUCGAACGUAGUGGCAUUGCGCAUGGCGUGGGAGGGGCAGGUGGCAGAGCUGAAAGAACGGCUGCAGGAGGCACAGGCGCAGCUGCUAUCAGUGGAAGGGCAGGUGCAGCUGGAACAGACUUGGAGGGAGGAUUUGCUACGGCAGGGCGAGAUGUGGGAGAGGAAGGCGGAGGGGGAGGCAAGGGGGAGAGAGGAGGCUGAGGGCAGGGAGAGGGAGGUGAGGAGGGAGAUGGAAGGGGAGAGGGAGAAGCGGGUGGAAGCUGAGAGGAAGGUGGGUCGUUUGUGUGAGGAAGUGGGGAGGAUGAAGGGGAGGUUGGCGAGGGCUGCAGGGGAGGUUAGGAGGGUGGUGGAGGAGGGGAAUGAGAAGGAGAGGGAGGUGAGGGAGGUUAGGGAGGAGGUGCAGAGGCUACAGGAGGAGUUGGUGGUGAGGGAAAAGGAGAGGGAGGAGGAGGUGCGAGAGGCAGAGGUGAGAAUGGGUGAGCUGGGGAGACGGGUUAGGGAUGCAGAGAGAGAAGCGGAGGAGUUGAGAGGUUUGGUGCGAGAGGAGGAGCGGAGGAGGGAGGAGAUGGCUCGGGAGAGAGUGGCUUUGAGUGAGAGGUUGAGAGAAGCAGAAGAGAAGGCGAGGGAAGUGGAAGGGCUGAAAGCACGGGUGAGAGAAGCAGAGGCGAAGGAGGAGAAGGUGGAGGCAUUGAGGGGGAGAUUGAUGGGAGUUGAGGCGAUGGUGGGGGAGAUGGAGGGUGUUGUUAGAGAGAGCGAGGAGAGAGUGAGGGAGGCCGAGAGGGUCAGUGUGGAGAGGAGAAAGGAGGUUAAGGGGUUAGAGGAGGGGCUUUCUGCUGCUGUGGCGAGAACGGGGGAAUUGGAAGAAGAGGUAAGGGAGAAUGGGGAGAGAGUGAGAGAGAGGGAGGAGAGAGUGAGGGAGGCAGAGAGAGUCAGCGGGGAGAUGGGAAGGGAGGUUGAUGUUUUGAAGGAGAGGCUCAAUGCUGCUGUGGCGAGAGUGGGGGAGUUGGAAGACGAGAAUAGGGAGAGUGGGGAGAGAGUGAGAGAGGCAGAGAGAGUUAGUGAGGAGAGGGGAAAGGAAGUUAAGGGGUUAGAAGAGAGGCUUGCUGCUGCUCUGGCGAGAGUGGGGCAACUGGAAGAGGAGAUGAAGGAGAGUGGGGAGAGAAUGAGGGAGAGCGAGGAGAGAGUGAGGGAGAGCGAGGAGAGAGUGAGGGAUGCAGGGAGAAUUAGUGGGGAAAGGGGAGAGGAGGUUAAGGGGUUAGAAAAGAGGCUUGCUGCUGCUGUGGCGAGAGUGGGGCAACUGGAAGAGGAGAUGAAGGAGAGUGGGGAGAGAAUGAGGGAGAGCGAGGAGAGAGUGAGGGAGAGCGAGGAGAGAGUGAGGGAUGCAGAGAGAAUUAGUGGGGAAAGGGGAGAGGAGGUUAAGGGGUUAGAAAAGAGGCUUGCUGCUGCUGUCGCAAGGGUGGGGAAUCUGGAAGAGGAGAUGAGGGAAAGCGGGGAGAGAGUGAGAGAGAGCGAGGAGAGUGUAAGGGAGGCAGAAAGGGUUAGUGGGGAGAGGAGAAAGGAGGUUAAGGGGUUAGAAGGGAGGCUUGCUGCUGCUGUGGCGAGAGUGGGGGAACUGGAAGAGGAGAUUAGGGAGAGUGGGGAGCGAGUGAAAGCGAGGGACGGGCGGGCAAAGGUGCUUGAAACGAUGGUGGGGGAGUGUGAGGGGCGAGCGAGAGAGAGCGAGGAGAGGAUGAGACAUGCUGAAGGGAAGUUGGAAGCGGUGAGAAAGGAGCUGGCAGUGGUGGAGUGGAGUAGGAGGGAGUUGGAAGGUAUGAGGGAGGAAGCACGUGUGCGAGAGGAACAGUGGAGAAAGAACGAGGAGGGGUGGCAGGGGGAAGAGAGGAAGUGGAAGGGGAAGGUGGAUGAGUGGAGAGCACUUGAGGACAUGUGGAGGACGAAAGAGGAGGAGUUGAGUUUGAAGGUGGAAGAAGAGAGGGCAGUGGUUGAUAGACUGAGGAGGAGAGAGCGAGAGGUGGAAUUGGAGAGGGUGAGAUGGGAGGAGCGGCAGAGGGAGAGGGAGAGAGAGGCAGAGGUUCGGUUGCAGGCUGAAGUUGGGAGGCGGGAGGAGGUGGAGAGGCAGGUGGCUGGGCUGAAAGCACGCGUGCGAGAGGAAUCAGAGAGAGUGCGGGCUGCACUGGUGGAAGGGGAAAGUGGGAGGAGGAGAGUGGCAGAGGCGGAAGAAAUGGUGAAGGAGGCAGAGAGGCGGGUUGCAGAGGCGGUUGAACGGGCUGAGAGGAUGGAGAGAAGGGCGCGGGAGAUGGAGGAGAGGCGGGAAGCGGUGGAGGGGGAGUUGGAGGGGUUGAGAGGGAUGGUGCGAUGGGUGAUGGUGAGUGUGGGGGUAGCUGUAGGAGAGGGGGAGUUACAGGGUGGGUGCAAGGAGGGGUUGGAGAAUAUGGCUUGGCAGUGGAAGGAGGAGGUGAGGGCGAGGAGGGAGGAGGUGGUUGAUCUGAAGAGAGUACAUGAGGAGGAGAGAGCACAGUGGGAAGAGGAGGUGGAAGGGUGCAAGCGUGCUUGGGAGGAGGAGAAGGGGCGGUUGCAGGGGGAGGGUGAGAAGAGGGUUCAGGCGUGGACGGAGGAGGAGGUGGAGCGGAAGCGAGAGGUGAGUGAGUUAAAGGCGAAGGUGAGUGAGAUGGGGGAGAUGGUGGGUGCGAUGAGGAGGGAUGUGGAGGAGGCAAGGAGGGUGGCAGAGGGGGAGAAGGGCAGGCGAGAGGCCGUGGAGGCACAGGCGAGGGUGCUUCUGGAGAAGGUAGAACUGAUGAGGCAGAGGCGGGCGGCAGGGAAGAAGCGGCAGGAUCUGGGGAAGGCUGUAUCUGGGGUGGUGGGAGCAGCGGGAGAAGACAGUGGGGUGGGUGCAGGUUCACCAGGGAAAGGCGAGGGUCAGGUGGAGGGUGCAGAGAGAAGGGGAGGUGGGGAGGGGGGUGGAGCGGGAGGGGGGAAGAGGCGGUGGAGGGAGGAGGUGGCAGUGCUGUUGGGUCGAGUGGAGCGGAUGGGGCGGGAGAGGGAGGAGGCGGAGAGGGCGUGGGUGGGGCGCAUGGCAGCCGUGGAGAUGCGCAACGUGGUGAUGGGGGUGGAGCUGGCUGCCGUGGAAAGAGAGAGAGACGCGCUGCUCAGCACCCUCAUGGGGUCUGCUGCUUCUGCCCGUGGGGUCGCUCGUGGUGCUUCAGCUGCUGGGAUCGCACUCUCUCGUGGCGCUUCAGCCGGUGUUUCUUGUGGUGGUGCCGCUUCUCGUGGUGGUGCUUCUCCAGGGCUCUUGCGCACUGUGCCUUCCUCCUCGCCCUCUUCACCCUCCGUGUCCCCUUCACCCCUCCACGCUUCUGCGUUCUCGCGUGUGCAGCCAACCCGGCUCUUUGCUAUUGUAAUAGCUGCUCCUUUUCUCCAUCGUCUGUCUCGCCUCCACCCGCCCGACCACAGCCAUCCAUCCAUGCUACCACUGAGGUGUUAA